AUGUACUUCCUGCGGCAGCUCAGGAAAGCCAAGCUGCAGUUCUACACGGCCAUCAUCGAGUCCAUCCUCACCUCCUCCAUCACCUCCUCCAUCACCUCCUCCAUCACCUCCUGCAUCACCUCCUCCAUCACCUCCUCCAUCACCUCCUCCAUCACCUCCUCCAUCACCUCCUCCAUCACCUCCUCCCUCACCUCCUCAUCACCUCCUCCAUCACCUCCUCCAUCACCUCCUCCAUCACCUCCUCCAUCACCUCCUCAUCACCUCCUCCAUCACCUCCUCCAUCACCUCCUCCAUCACCUCCUCCAUCACCUCCUCCAUCCCCUCCUCCAUCACCUCCUCCAUCACCUCCUCCAUCACCUCCUCCAUCACCUCCUCAUCACCUCCUCCAUCACCUCCUCAUCACCUCCUCCAUCACCUCCUCCAUCACCUCCUCAUCACCUCCUCCAUCACCUCCUCCAUCACCUCCUCCAUCACCUCCUCCAUCCCCUCCUCCAUCACCUCCUCCAUCACCUCCUCAUCACCUCCUCCAUCACCUCCUCCAUCACCUUCUCCAUCACCUCCUCCUUCACCUCCUCCAUCACCUCCUGCAUCACCUCCUCCAUCACCGUGUGGUUCGCUGGUGCAGAUGGACGCCUCGCUCUGCUCCUUACAGUCGGUUGUGUCCUGGACAGGUCCGCACAGAAAAUGCCCACUAUUAAACUACAGAGUUCUGAUGGGGAGAUUUUUGAGGUGGACGUGGAAAUAGCCAAACAAUCUGUUACUAUCAAAACCAUGUUAGAAGAUUUGGGAAUGGACGAUGAAGGUGACGAUGACCCAGUCCCGCUCCCAAACGUCAACGCCGCCAUCCUCAAGAAGGUGAUUCACACACGGCUCCUCACACGGCUCCGCACACGGCUCCGCACACGGCUCCGCACACGGCUCCGCACACGGCUCCUCGCACGGCUCCGCACACAGCUCCUCACACGGCCCCACACACGGCCCCGCCCACGGCCCCGCACACGGCUCUGCACACGGCUCCUCACGCGGCUCCUCACACGGCCCCACACACGGCCCCGCACACGGCCCCGCACACGGCUCUGCACACGGCUCCUCACGCGGCUCCGCACGCGGCUCCGCACGCGGCUCCGCACACGGCUCCGCUCACGCGGCUCCUCACGCGGCUCCUCACGCGGCUCCGCACACGGCCCCGCACACGGCUCUGCACACGGCUCCUCACGCGGCUCCGCACGCGGCUCCUCACGUGACUCCUCACACGGCGCCUCACACGGCUCCUCAAACGGAUCCUCAAACGGCUCCUCACACGGCUCCUCACACGGCUCCUCACACGGCUCCGCACACGGCUCCGCACACGGCUCCGCACACGGCUCCGCACACGGCUCCGCACACGGCUCCGCACACGGCUCCUCACACGGCUCCGCACACGGCUCCUCACACGGCCCCUCACACGCCUCCGCACACGGCUCCUCACACGGCUCCGCACACGGCUCCUCACACGGCUCCGCACACGGCUCCUCACACGGCUCCUCACACGGCUCCGCACACGGCUCCUCACACGGCUCCGCACACGGCUCCAUACACGGCUCCUCACACGGCUCCUCACACGGCUCCUCACACGGCCCCGCGCACGGCUCCUCGCACGGCUCCUCGCACGGCUCCUCACACGGCUCCUCGCACGGCCCCUCACACGGCCCCUCACACGGCCCCGCACACGGCUCCGCGCACGGCUCCGCGCACGGCUCCGCGCACGGCUCCACACACGGCCCCUCACACGGCCCCUCACACGGCCCCGCACACGGCCCCGCACACGGCUCCUCACACGGCUCCUCACACGGCUCCGCACACGGCCCCGCACACGGCCCCUCACACGGCCCCGCACACGGCUCCGCACACGGCCCCGCACACGGCUCCUCACACGGCUCCUCACACGGCUCCUCACACGGCUCCUCACACGGCUCCGCACACGGCUCCGCACACGGCUCCGCACACGGCUCCGCACACGGCUCCGCACACGGCUCCGCACACGGCACCUCACACGGCCCCUCACACGCCUCCGCACACGGCUCCUCACACGGCUCCGCACACGGCUCCUCACACGGCUCCUCACACGGCUCCUCACACGGCUCCUCACACGGCUCCGCACACGGCUCCGCACACGGCUCCUCACACGGCUCCGCACACGGCUCCUCACACGGCUCUUCACACGCCUCCUCACACGGCUCCUCACACGGCUCCUCACACGGCCCCUCACACGGCUCCGCACACGGCUCCUCACACGGCUCCUCACACGGCUCCUCACACGGUCCUCAGCUGUUAGGAACCGUCUGUUUGAUCAUAGUCUGUGUGCCGCAGGUGAUCCAGUGGUGCACUCACCACAAAGACGACCCUCCUCCUCCAGAGGACGACGAGAACAAGGAGAAGAGGACGGACGACAUUCCUGUGUGGGACCAGGAGUUCCUCAAGGUCGACCAGGGAACUCUGUUCGAGCUCAUUCUGGCGGCGAACUACCUGGACAUCAAAGGUCUGCUGGACGUGACCUGUAAAACUGUGGCCAACAUGAUCAAAGGAAAAACCCCCGAGGAAAUCCGUAAGACGUUUAACAUCAAGAACGACUUCACGGAGGAAGAGGAGGCUCAGGUGCGUAAAGAGAACCAAUGGUGUGAAGAGAAGUAG